GGGCGGGAUGGCGGUGUGGACGCGCGCCGCCAAGGCGGGGCUGCUGGAGCUGCUGCUGCGGGAGCGCUGGGUGCGGGUGGCGGCGGAGCUGAGCGGCGAGGCGCUGAGCCUCACCUCGGAGCCGCCGCCGCCCGAGCCCGCCGCGCCGCCCAACGGGCUGCCCCACGGCGCCGAGCGGGGCGGCCCGGAGCCCCGCCCGCCCUCGCCGCCCCCGGCCGAGCCGGCGCCGCCGGGCGUGCGGCGGGUGCGGGUGGUGAAGGCCGAGGCGGGCGGGCUGGGCAUCAGCAUCAAGGGCGGGCGCGAGAACCGCAUGCCCGUGCUCAUCUCCCGCAUCUUCCCGGGGCUGGCGGCCGAGCGCUGCGGCGCCCUGCGCCUGGGGGACGCCAUCCUCGCCGUGAACGGCACCGACCUGCGCGACGCCACCCACGACCAGGCCGUGCAGGCGCUGAAGCGGGCCGGCCGCGAGGUGCUGCUGGAAGUGAAGUUCAUGCGGGAAGUGACUCCCUACAUUAAGAAGCCAUCGCUGGUGUCAGACCUCCCGUGGGAUGGGGCAGCUCCCCAGUCACCGAGCCUGAGUGGCAGUGAGGACUCCGGCUCACCGAAGCACUACAGUGGCACCAAAGACAGGAAGGUGAUCCCUCUGAAAAUGUGCUUCGCUGCUAGGAACUUGAGCAUGCCGGAUCUGGAGAACAGGUUGAUAGAGUUGCACUCACCGGACAGCAGAAACACCCUGGUCCUGCGGUGCAAAGAUACAGCAACAGCACAUUCCUGGUUCACGGCCAUCCACACAAACAUCAUGGCCCUCCUCCCUCAGGUGCUGGCCGAACUCAAUGCCAUGCUAGGUGCCAACAAUGCCACAGGAAGUAGCAAGGAGGUCAAACACAUCGCUUGGCUGGCGGAACAGGCUAGACUAGAUGGAGGAAGGCAACAGUGGCGGCCCAUCCUCAUGGCUAUGACAGAAAAGGACUUGCUGCUCUAUGAUUGCAUGCCCUGGACAAGAGACGCAUGGGCAUCACCUUGCCACAGCUACCCUCUUGUUGCUACCAGGCUGGUUCACUCUGGCUCCGGACGCAGAUCACCUCCGGGAUCCGAGCUCACCUUUGCAACAAGGACAGGCUCUCGCCAGGGCAUUGAAAUGCACGUUUUCAGGGUGGAGACGCAUCGGGACCUCUCCUCCUGGACCAGGAUGCUAGUUCAGGGCUGCCAUGCUGCUGCGGAGCUGAUAAAGGAGGUGUCCUUAGGCUGCACAUUGAAUGGCCAGGAGGUGAAGCUCACAGUCCAUUAUGAAAAUGGAUUCACACUCUCCAGGGAGGAGGCAUGCUCCACCCACACCCUGUUCCUCUACCCCUUUGAGAAGCUCAGAGUGUCUGCAGAUGAUGGCAUCAGGAACCUCUACCUGGAUUUUGGUGGUCCUGAGGGGGAGCUGACCCUGGACCUGCACUCCUGUCCCAAACCCAUUGUUUUUGUGUUGCACACUUUCUUGUCAGCCAAAGUCACCCGUAUGGGACUGCUUGUGUAAGAGGUGGAGGGUCCCAACAGUUCUGAACAACACAUCUACUGUCCCAGCAGCAGAAAAGCACAAAAGACUCUAGUUUGCGGUGUCCUCCUGCAGUACCAGUGCCUUGACAAAGACUGACUCAUGCCAGAACCGUGACAGUGUGGAAGGAAGCUCCUGCCCUCCUUAGAGCCAUAGCCAGAAAUUCCAGCCUCUCCACAAUCCCCUGGAAUAACUGCUCUACCUGACUAGAAGAUGCCUAGGAGGCUGCAGCUGGUAGCUCAAUACUGAGAUCUGAGGAGACACAGUUCUGGCAUUCUCCCUUUCCAGCCACUUCCUGGCUGCUGGCAAUUUCAGAGACUUUUCUUCCUGACACCCCUGGGAUUCGAUUGUCACCCUGAAGACUCGACGUAAAGCCCAGCAUCUGGCACUUGUCUGCUGCAAGAAGAGAGCCGUUGUCAUGGGGCUGUGAGCGGGGGAGCUGGUUAGGGUUGGAACUAUAGCCAAUCCGUACAAAGUCAUUUUUAUUGCUUACCAAAUGUGCCUUUGGCGGAAGGUGGGUGGUGCUUUACUGGAGAUGGGGAUGAGGAGACUGGGAGUUCAGUGCUGUUCGCUCUGGAAGAGUGCUCCAUGAGCCCCUGCUCUCAGCUCGUUUCAAGCUGCCUGGCCUCCCCUGGGGAGAAGUGAGUCAUUACAAAGAUGGACUUGCGGCUGUGUGGCAGCUCUCACAGGGUUGUGUAGGUGAGGCUGCAUUUGGUGAGGAUUCCUCGUGGUGGGAGGGGGACUCUUCUGAGAGCUGGUGAAUCCCUGCCUCUUCCUUUUGCAGUUGAUAAAUAUUGGGGAACGGUAUGCAGUACAUAGCCCCUUCCCCUGGGCUUCUGACCCUAGUCACUGAGUCAGAGGAGGGAACUCUGAAGGACUGAUCCAGCUCCCUCUGUUGCCACAAAGCCACCUUCCCAGAGGUCCUUGGUAAGGAAGAGGCCUGCCCUUCUCACUAGCCAGUGGGUUUAGAUCCCCCUUGCUGAGUGGGAUGGAUAAUCAGGGAGAUUUCAGCCGCUUUUCUGACUUGCUUUGGGCACCUGGUAACAUCCUGACUACAGAGCACUUAGAUGGUGCUUUUCAUUGAUGCUUCUUACCGAGGCCCCUGAUAGUCAAAUGUGACAGGACUCAUGCCACUUGGCUGGAUCAGUGGCACAGAAAAGCCAGCUGGUUGCGUGUUCUGAAAUGAGCUGGAAUGCAUAAAGCAGCUGAUGCCCAUAUAGUGAUGCACACAGCAUCUGGGCCUGGUAACUUUCUUCUGAGACCCUAGCAGCACCCUCUCUCCUUUCCUGGUGCUGGGCUGCCUGUCUCCCUCAGCCUGUGCUAAGCCCAUGUGCCCAGGUGUGUGUGCUGCAGAGAGGUGGGUGACGGGCCUGUGACUUUGAAAUACCUGGGAGACAAGGUCAGGGGACAGUAUCUUUUAUUGGACCUACUUCUGUCAGUGAGAGGGACCAGCUUUCAAGCCACACAGCUGUGUGAAUGCUUGCAAUACCUGUCGUUGGCACAGCCUAUCUCAUUCCUAAAGAAGCUCUUCUGAAGCAUCUGCAGGGCUGAGGGGAGGCAGCUCAUCCACCAGAGGCAGGGAAAUUGCAGUGCUUCCUUCACUCUGGUGGCAGUAUUUUAACACAGGGCUUUUGGAAGCCCCCUCCCAGCACAUCACUGACCUCUUCCCAACAGGACUCAGGGCACCUGGCAAUGCAGCCUGGCUCAAAACUCUGAUAAACAGAUUUCACUGCGUAACCCAGACCUUCAGCGGGGCCUGCACCCGCCAGCUCUCGUCCUAGAUUCCUGUUUUCUCUCAUGCUUGGGAAGAGCUGGGACACCCAGAGAUGGGGGCAGGGACUCCAGGAGCUCCACUCUAUGCACACGACAGGUGGCUUGGACCGUCCUUUGAGGCUCUGCCUGCUUCUUUGGAGCUUCUCUAGCGCUCAUGGUUGUGAGCAUUCGAUUCCCAGUGUAGGUUGCUCAGGAUUAACUCCUGGGAUUCAGCUUGUCAAGUUACCAGUGUGCUGAGCUCUCCGAGACUGGCCAGAGCCUUGUGGGACACUCACUCCAUCUGCAGGCCGGUACGGUAGCCCUUCUACAGCCCAUCUCCUUAGUGGCACAGAUCAACUGCUUGACUUAGGGUGAGAAUUCACAGCACAAAACAUUUGAAGAUGAACCCGAGAGGAUGCCGCCUCGAGCCUGGCCUUCCCCAGAACGGGCUCGCAGUGUGUGAAGCAGUGAUCCUGGAGGGCACGCUUCCUUUAAGUGAGGGGUGAAGCAAAGCUGAUUUGCCCAGAUUGUCCUGCCAGCACAGCAGCCUGCUGAAACCCUAGGGAGGGAGUGUGGUUCACAGGCCCCUCACAACCACGUGGCCUAUGCCCGAUGCCUAGCAGCUCAUUUCCAAAUGCUGUUUUAGGAACCAACAAAAAACAAUUCAUUUGAAACAUGUUUGUUUAAACAACAAAUCAUGCCAGGUUAUAAAAUACUUAGAAUAGUGUCUUAGCUGAUUGGAGUUUAUGGAGUGAAUAUAAGGUUAAUAUAAAGUGUGAGUUCCCGCACAGUUCUGGUUUGGAUAGGUUUGUGUUCACCCAACAGACUGUUAUCCGUUCUGUGGACCAAUCUGAAGAGCUGUCAUUUCCACGCAAGGCUGUUAAGCUCUUCAAUCUAUUUUAGCUGCUCUUAAAGUGGAUAUUUUAGCUCUAGUAUGGUUGGGGUUUGUCCCAUCAGUACAGCGAGUGCUGGAAAGCACAGAGUCUGCAUGCUGAAAAAUCUACUGCAGGGACAGUAGACCGAAGCCUCAGUUUCUUAGCCAACCCAUAAAGAAAUACUCAACUCCACAAGGUGAUGAAGCUGUUACCAUGUUAGACUACUUUCUUAUCUAAAUGUCCUGGUUUUUUUAAUCUGCAGCUUCACCACGCUGGUGGCUGUAAAGCAUCUAGAAUAUUUUUACAAUUAGAGGCUAGGCCAGUUUGGUCUCUUACCAAAAGCCACAAGUCAACUUAAAUUGGAAUUCUGGACAAGGUCCCUCCUUCUCCCAGGAAAACAUGGCUUGCUAGGAACCAGGUUUCCGAGGGUAAAGGUGGGGUCCAUCAGCAGGGGAAUAUUCACCCCUGUUGUAUAAUUACUGGAAGUGUGAGAAGUGUCAGUAUAUCACAUAAAAUGGGACAGCCUCCCCCUUCUCCCCAUAUUAUUCCUUUGUUCUGCAAAUUACCUAAUAAGCUGCUAUGCAAAUUCUGUUGUGCCCUGGCUGGUUUCAAGGGGUUAGCUAUCCCUGAGAAUUUCAGGGAAGGACUUAUAGACUUUCUCUGCUUUUUUAUUUUGCUCUAACACUUAAGGUUGAGUGGUUGCUAUUUUAAGCUCUGGUGGUAGUCACUGAUUGUCAGUACUGCUCAUGAUCUGUGCAAAACUUCAGUGUAAAUGCCUUGCUGUCAGUGGGGUGAACUCUUCCCAAAUUGCCUCUCACUAGCAAAGCUCUGGCUGAGGUGGCAACUGAAAUGUCCAGAGUAGACGCCAAAUCAAAUUGCACGUGAUGGACGCUUGGCUUAACAGGAGGUUAUUUUCACUCAUUUCGAUUGGAUUUCGAUUUUUGUGGGAGGUGGGGGAGUACUUAGUACCUGCCUUGUCAUAACCGCCCACUACAGGCUGAGUUGGUGCCCUUGUGCAUGGCCAGCUGGAGUGAAGUACAGUAUGGUCUGUCUUCCCCUUUGCAUCAGACAUGGUAUAGUUAAUGUGCAGAAAGGCUCCUGCUGCCAGCCUGGAACUGUCUCCCAACAGACCCAGGUUCCUUCCCAGGCUUCGCUGUGUUAGGAAUUACAUUCUGUCAUGUUUAAGCAAUCACUUUUGAGCCUUUUGCCACAAAGCCUGAAUUUGAUCCUGACUUGCUUCACCAGAGAAGCCCCUGAGAUCUCUCAGCCUAGUCCCCAGAGAACCUGUGUCCAAACCAGACCCAUCUUCUCAUUCACGUGAGCAUCAGUGUCCACUGAAAGGAAGCUCAGGUCUGUUGCGGAUCAGAGGUACUUGGGGAAACUUGCCAGUUUGCACUUGGCCUAGUUCUCCCCAGGGCUGUCUUUCAUUCAUGCCAAAUAUCUGCCCUGUUACAGAAUGCUGCAUGCCCAUCUGGAAUGCUGUGAGCUGUCGCUUACUCUGGAAUCUCAGGUCCUCUUAGCUUUUAAGGUUUUUAAUGUUUUAACUUGGUAUUAAAAGCCUGUUCUGCAGACUGAAUUUCUAAUGCUCAAGCCCCCACUGUGUCCCAGCUCCUCCCCAGCAGCGUUGAGUUACCAGAUUUAUCUGCAGUGGGCAUCCACUGUGUGCCUCAACUGGCCUCAUUUGUUUCUGGUGGCAGCAGACUCCCCUCUUCCCAGAGCCUGUGUAGAGACAUGGAGAAAUGUACAAACUCCUGGGAGCUUGCCCUGUCUGUUCCCUGUAAGUGAGGGAAAGGGCUCCAGAAUGUCUGCAAGAGACUCUGCUCCUGCCCCGUCUCAAAUCUAUGCAAACCUCUGGAUUUUGAGUGAGGCGGUGUGUUGGAAAGCUAGAAAAUGCCCCAUGCCUCGGCAGCUGGAGAGCUCUGUUACCGCAUUCCAUAUGGAAGCUACACUACUGAGAGGCAUCCCAGGUUAUCCUUGGAAACCAGAGGGAGGAGAGGAGAAUAUCUAGGCUGAGCUUGUGUUUUCUAUCCAGAAUAAGAGCAGGCAAGUGUCUUAAAUAUGGCCGUCAGCCUGGAUGGCAAUAUGGUGGUGUGUAAUUAAACUAGUGAAUGGUGCUUGCAAAACCUUACACAAACUGUGUAGACUUUGACCAGUUUAAAUUCCAUUCCAUUCCAUUUUAAAGUCCCUUCCUUCUCGUCAAUCAAUUCCUCCUACCAACUCCUCUUCAAACAGCACUUGUGGGAUUGACUCCCAGAGUUAAUACUCUGCAAAAUCUUUGCAGAUUCUUGUGCUUUUCCCAAUACAGCAUUUCUAUUCCUGUGGCUGAUUCAUACAACUGAGAGCAGACAUUGCAUGCAGGACUUAGUUUGUAAUGAAAGAGGUGCCAGGGCUCAAGCUAUUUUUUUACUUUCAUAACUGAUGCACCAAGCCCGGAGGUGCUGGGGCUCAGCCCUGGCAAAAACUAAGCACUGAUCACAUGUAGAAACCAUGCCACGCUUUCCUUUAAAAGGAGGCCAGUAGCCUCUUUGCAUUAGAUAAUAAGCAAUGAAGAAAACGGAUGUGAAACUAGUAAAAGCAAAUGUUCUUUGAGUCUGGCUGUGGAUCCUGCUCCAGAUGUGCAUGUGCUUCAUGGGAUCCACAUGUACAGAGCAUCUUGAAGCACCAUGGUUGGUGUAAGGCUAAGUAACCGUUCUCUACAGCCAGCCCACCUCUGCCUUUGCCUUUAUGCUGCCAGGAUUUUGCUACAUGAGUUAAUUCUGUUUCUGCUGCUGAUCUUACAGUAUCCUGGCCUGCAAUAUAGUACAUCAAAACAUUGAUUUCACUUUCAUGUUCUAGAAUUUGGGGGAACUAUAGGGCUAGUUCUACCUGGUUUUAAAAUAAAUUAAUUUGCAGUGACAUCUCUUCUCUGCCAAAGAAAAUUUAAAAAAAAAAAAAAUCCUUUGGCACAUCAGUGUUUGUGGAGCUCCAUUUUCCUUGUAGCAUAUCUGCCUGUCUGGGAUCAGCCAGUGUUGGGGAUCUCACUACAGUGUAUUGUGUUAAGUUUACAAUUUGGGUAAAUAGAGCAUUACAAGGCCCAGGUGCGAAAGACAAAAACCCUGUAAGUAUAACUGGCCCCAGGUCAUCUGAAGAAUAAAUUGCACAGAACCACUACAAAUAAACUGUUUUUUAACCUGUGCAAACUCUAUGCCAUUUGAUAUGGUCAAGGCACAGACUGUAACACUCCCAUAGAAAAACUAAAAUAACAUGCAAUCAUUUCUAUUUUUGUAUUCUUUGUAGUUCACUAUUUAUACGAUUCUUCCUUUUUUGAGGUUUUUAAUCUCACGCUUUUGGAACUUCCAAGUUACCAAAUCCAAAUAACCCAAUGGUGAAAAGCAGGGGAGUUUGUGUAUUCUACAAUCACAUUAAAGCUUUAUGUGUACUCUAUAAAUAUAGAUGCAUAGACAACCUAUUGUCCCUUGAGUUGCAUGUUAACUGUAUAGUAUUGUACAUUACAAUGAAAAUGUAACUUAAGGGCAAGUGUAACCUUUAUACUGUAAAUAACAAUAAAGGCUUUUAUGCUUUUA